UAACAUUUACUUGAAUUCAAUAUGUAUUUUUCUAUGUGUAGAGAAUAUGGAGGAAAGAACGAAACAUAUAUGUAUCUGAAGUUGGAUACUGUUUGUUGAUUACAGUUUGUCUCUUCUUUUGUUGACACUACCGUUCGCACCGUUAAAUUUUCCGACGAAGUAUGAAUGACACGUGUAUAAUCAAUUAUAACCAAUUUAAUAUCGCUAACGUUACGCGGCCAACGUAAUAGUAAAUCAAAAAAUCCCUGGGAAAUUCAAACAGAAAGUUUAAGCUUAUUAUAAUGACUGUCGACUCGGAAACAUCAAGUUGUGACACAAAAAUUAAAGAUAAUCGUGACAUAAAGAAAUUCAAGAUGCUAUAUCUAGGCUUAAUGUGUUUCGUAACUAAUUGUUUAAGCACAAUCGCUUUAGAAGCCGGUUCGCGCGGCUCGCUCCGUUCCACCUCGCCGACGAGAUUCGCCGUCUACAAUAACUUAUUGCGCCGAAAUUACAAUCUGCGAAUCAAGGUAAUAGUGACAAACGUGCUCGCGGCAUUCAUAUCAACAGUAAUGCUGGCAAUAGGAGACGUAUAUGGGGUUCCAUAUUUAUAUUUGCCAUGGCUUGUUAAUACUAUCGAGGGAAUAGCUUUUUAUGAAGGACCGACCCUCUUCGGAUUGGCGUACACGAUGUUACCUAACGCAAACAUACCCGCGGGAUUCUUUAUAUUUAUAACACUACUUAUAUAUGUGGAGGAACUGUGCAUCUGGAAGGAUGUUUUUAUGAAUUUUGAGUGUUGCUGGGCGAAAUAUAAUAGAGACAAAAUGCUGGAGACAAAAAGACCCGCAACAAUAGCUGAGAAAGAAUUAUGCGGCAAGAAUAAAAAGAGCCUUGAUGUAGUUUCGAAAAAAUCGAAUGAUGAAGAACAAGAGCCUAUAAAUGUUUGGAGCGAAUUUAUUAAUCGCAAUACUACUGACUUUGUUACGAAAUCGAUGGAAAACAACUUCUCAGCUAAGAAUUGUCGCAGGAGACUCUCAUUCACAGAAGUGACAGGUUAAAUUGACGUACAUCAACAAAUAAUACAUCAAUAUUGAUAUAUGUAUAUUGAUAUAUAUGCUUAAUUAAAAUAUCACUGUCCACUAUAACA